AUGCACUGCCCGUGCGUCGGCACGUCAAUCACAGGCCGCGUCAAUCACAAGCGCCCCCACUCAUUCAUCAGCACUUCUGUCAACUUUCAUCCCUCUCCCCACAAAAUGGCUAAACGAAAGGUGGACUUUGAAAACAGGGGUUUUCAAGACGGGUGGGAGGCCCAGUACAUGUUCGCGGAUGUAAAGGGCAAAGCUGUGUGUCUUCUGUGCGGAGACAGUGUGGCUGUAAUGAAAGAAUACAACAUAAAAAGACACUAUGAAACGAAGCACCACGACAAAUACAAGCAUCUGGACACGACACAAAGGCUACAGAAGGUAGAAGAAAUAAAAAGAAGCCGUGUUCGCCACCUUGCUGCCAAUCUCCAACAACAGCUUGUGGGAAAGGGAAAAGCUUUCAUCGCGCACUCCCUUGCUGUGGAUGAGAGCACCGACACUUCUGAUACUGCCCAGCUGUCAAUUUUCAUCCGUGGAGUGGACUCAAGCCUGUGCGUAACAGAAGAGUUUUUUGGAUUACGCUCAAUGCAUGGCACAACUACGGGGAAAGAUCUCUUUGAAGAGGUGUCCAGAUGUGUAGAUAAAAUGGGGCUGCCGUGGGAUAAACUUGUUGGACUGACAACAGAUGGAGCGCCUGCAAUGUGCAGUCAAAAAAGUGGAUUGGUGGGAAAGAUCCGAGAAAAGAUGCAGGAUGAAAACGUCACAAGUGAGCUGACAGUUUAUCACUGCAUCAUACACCAGGAAUCGUUGUGUGGCAAAGCCUUGAACAUGGAACAUGUAAUGAGCAUCAUAACACGAGCGGUUAACUUUAUCAGAGCCAGAGGUUUAAAUCACCGCCAGUUCAAGUCUUUUCUGGCGGAGUUAAAUUCGGACUAUGGUGACUUGCCCUAUCACACAGAGGUGCGAUGGCUAAGCCAGGGAAAGGUGCUGGAAAGAUUUUUCGAGUUGCGUGAGGAGAUCUGUGAGUUCAUGGAAAGCAAAGGGAAAGACAAAUCAGAGCUCCGAAAUAAAAAGUUUCUGUGUGAAGUAGCGAUUCUGUGUGACAUCACGAGCCACCUGAAUGCGCUAAACCUGCAGCUUCAGGGGCCGGGCCGUGUCAUCACUGACAUGUACGCUACAGUGAGGGCUUUUAAAACCCAGCUGCGCCUGUGGGAGACGCAGAUUCUUCAGGAAAACUUGAGCCAUUUCCCGCACUGCCAAACAAUGAAAGAGCAGGUGCCGCUGUUUUCCCAACUAGACAGUUUACUGGAAAAACUCGGCAUACUUGGUGCUGACUUCACACGGCGAUUUGCCGAUUUUGAAGCCCAAAAAAGCAGAUUUGAACUGCUCAGUAAUCCAUUUGCAGCUGACGUGGAAAGCGCACCAUCAAACCUGCAAAUGGAGCUGAUCGAGCUCCAAUGUAGUGACACACUGAAGGCAAAAUAUGAGUCUGUGGGCGCUGCAGAGUUUCCACGUUUCAUCCCCGACACAAUGCCCCAUCUACGCUCCCAGGCUGCUCAAACGCUCUCUAUGUUUGGCAGCACAUACUUGUGUGAACAGCUGUUCUCUUUGAUGAAGAUAAACAAAACUUCACACAGGACUCGUCUUACUGAUGAACACCUUCACUCAAUCCUGAGGAUUUCCUCAGCUCAGAGCCUGACCCCAGACAUUGAUGAACUUGUAACCAAGAUAAGACACCAAGUAUCUGGCUCAGACAAGUGAGCAUCACAGAGCAGCAAACGGUGCUUUGACACAGUUUCAGUUUUUAAUGCAGUUUAAUAUUUGCAUUUUG